UUUGGACGUUACUUCGGAAGCUUUAUCAUUCGGAUAGCUGUAACCACCUAAACUAUCUCAAGACGGAAUUUACAGCACACAAGUAAAGUGUUUGAACACGUGGAUGUCUGCUGUCAAAUCCAUGUGUUAACGCUGCAUCAGAACCACUAACGUUACAUGUAGUUCCUUGAUGGGAACUCAUGUUAGCCUGUAGCUAGUAUUAGCUACUAAACAUCAACAGGAAGUAACGGACUAGCUAAACUACAAUGUCUUGCACUUUGAGUUCUGCAGGCAUGAACUGUACCAUAGAGAAGGUCCUGUCAGACGCCAAAUCCUUAGUGGAGAGGCUUCGUAACCACGACAAUGCUGCAGAGAUGUUAAUUGAACAGACAACAUCGCUCAACAAGCGAGUGGAGGCCAUGCAACAGUACCAGGAGGAGAUCGACUCAUUGAACCAGGUGGCCCGACAUCGUCCUCGUUCUAGUCUGGUCCUAGGAAUCCAACAGGAAAACCGCCAGAUCAGAGACCUCCAGCAGGAAAACAAAGAGCUACGGUCGUCGUUAGAGGAACACCAGUCUGCCUUAGAGCUCAUCAUGACCAAAUACAGGGAGCAGGUGUUCAGGCUGCUCAUGGCCAGCAAGAGGGACGACCCGACCAUCGUGACCCAGCUGAAGGAGCAGCACACCACGGAAAUGCAGGCACACAUAGACAAGAUCAAUGAGAUGGCCUCUGUGAUGAGGAAGGCGAUAGAGGUGGACGAGGGGGGAAUAUGUGAAGACGAGGAGAGGAUUAAACAGCUCGAGCUGGAGAACAGUGGACUGCGAGAGCUGCUGGGAAUCAGUCGAGAGGCGUUCCUGGUUCUGAAGAGAGAAGAAACAUCAGAGAGCACGUCACUGUCGCCGCUGCUGAGCAGCGCUGACGUCAGCCUGAGAAAGAGUUAGAGAGCCCUCGGUGACUACACCCCCCCCCCCCCCUUGCUGCUGCCACAUACAAACACAUACCACUUAAUCUUUCCCCCUACAGAUAGUCAGAAGAUCUUAUCCCUUCUCCUGGAGCCUUCACAGGGAGAUGCUGCAUCCUCGUCUGGGGACUCAGACACAUGUAGUGUGAACACACAUCUUCCUCUUUUUUUGUUGGUACUUUUGUUUUGUUUGCUAAUUUAGCCAGCAUGCAUGAGUCUGUAGUGUCUGAGAUGUUUUAAUGCGUGAAUGGGUAAAAGAAGGGCUUGAGUUCAAAUAAAUCCGUCAACAUGAAA